AUGAACUGUGAGGGUCGAACAUAGCUACCCAUCAGAUGAUCUACUCUCAGGCUUCCUGAGUCACAGGCUACCAAGGACAAGUAGCUCUGUCUGCCCUUUGUUGAGGGGAGCUGUGACACUGGUUUGCUGCUGCUGCUGCUGCUGCUGCUGCAUCUUCUUUGGGAAAUCAGACUCAAUAAACUGCCAUCCAUCUGAGGUUCUCAACUCAGAGCCAUCUACCUGGAGCAUGGGACUUUCAAAUGUCCAGCUCUGGACAAUACUGCUGUGGGCAUUGGCAUGGGUGCAGAGUACAAGAUCUGCGUGCCCGUCCUGUGGGGCCCCAACUCUGACACCCCAAGGAGAACGCGCUCUGGUCCUAGAGCUAGCCAAGCAGCAAAUCCUGGAGGGGCUGCACCUAACCAGCCGUCCCAGAAUAACUCGUCCUCUGCCCCAGGCAGCACUGACCAGAGCCCUCCGGAGACUGCAGCCCAGGAGCAUGGUCCCUGGCAACCGAGAGAAAGUCAUCAGCUUUGCUACCAGCAUAGACAAAUCCACUUCAACCUACCGCUCCGUGCUCACCUUCCAACUGUCCCCUCUUUGGUCCCACCACCUGUACCAUGCCCGCCUCUGGCUGCACGUGCCCCCCUCUUUUCCGGCCACUCUGUAUCUGAGGAUCUUCGGUUGCGGUACCACGAGGUGCAGAGGAUCCCGCACGUUCCUAGCUGAUUACCAAACCACUUCCUCCGGCUGGCACGCCCUGACUCUGCCCUCUAGCGGCUUGCGGAGUGAGGAAUCUGGAGUCACAAAACUCCAACUGGAAUUCAGACCUCUGGACCUUAACAGCACUACUGCCAGACUGCCACGGCUGCUGUUGGACACAGCGGGACAGCAGCGUCCCUUCUUGGAACUUAAGAUCCGAGCUAAUGAACCCGGAGCAGGCCGGGCCAGGAGGAGGACUCCCACCUGUGAGUCUGAGACCCCCUUAUGUUGUAGACGAGACCACUAUGUCGAUUUCCAGGAGCUGGGGUGGAGAGACUGGAUCCUGCAGCCGGAGGGAUACCAGCUGAAUUACUGCAGUGGGCAGUGCCCGCCCCACCUGGCUGGCAGCCCUGGCAUUGCUGCUUCCUUCCAUUCUGCUGUCUUUAGCCUCCUCAAAGCCAACAACCCUUGGCCUGCGGGUUCUUCCUGCUGUGUCCCCACCGCGCGAAGGCCUCUCUCCCUCCUCUACCUUGACCAUAAUGGCAAUGUGGUCAAGACCGAUGUGCCAGACAUGGUUGUAGAGGCCUGUGGCUGCAGCUAGCAAGAGGACCUGAAGGUUUUGAGUGAAGUUCAAGGUUCAAGUUGGGGGUUCCCAAGCAAAAGGGUCCUGUGUCUGGAAGCACAAGUUCCGGAUCCAUACUGACACCCAACAAGCUGUGUAGCAGUAUGCCUGAGUUUGACCCCUGUGGAACUCAAAUGGGCAUUUUUCUUGUCCCAGAUUCUGGCCUAUUUCAGGCUGUUUCAAAUGUGGACAGAUGGGUAAAACGUUUCCUUUCGAGAAACUGCCUGGCCAGCACCAUUUCCUACAUCAAGCCCUGUUCCAGGACAGCAGGGGAUGCCGUGGGAGGGAAGGAAGAAUGCAGGGAAAACUACUUAGUCUCUCCCGAAAAAGAAGUUCCUCAAGUAAUAAAGGAGGAAGUAGAAGGGUGGGCAGAUUGGGGAAAGGUAUACAGGCUAAGAACAGGGACUGUUGCCUGCUUUGAGCAAGGUCAAGAGGAAGAUGAGCAGGCACUGAGGUGGGAGAGCUGUUAGGAGGCCCUGGAAUUGAGAGUCAGUAAAAAGGGGUGCUGAACCCAUAAGUUCUCUAGCUUCCCCUUGGGGAGAGGACCCAUGUAAAUGACAUACGUUUAUAUUUUCUUAAUAAAAAGGAGAAAGAAAAGCAACAGUGUGUAAGGGGUUGUUAAAAUGAGCCAGAAACAAAGUGUGGUCUGGGGACCUCUGUGCUUCGGGGCCUUUUCAAGGGGUUUUCAAAACUAUUUGCAUAAUCACAUAGAGAAGUUAUUUGUCAUUUACUAUCAUUAUUUUUUCAUUGUUCUGUGGGAACAGGGUUUACACUUAUAACUACAGCCCUCAGGAGGCUGAGACAGGAGGAUCGCCGUGAGUUCAAGACCAGCCUUCAUAGUGAAUGCUGGGCUAGCCUGAGCUAUGGAGUGAGAUCCUGUCUCAAAGCAAAAGAAACAAACAAAACAACAAAGAAAGUACUGUGAGUCUUUCCAGAGUGUAUUAUAUGAUACAGCCGAUGACAUUGUGGCUUAUAUAUUCUCCUUUCUCUCCUUUAAACAAUUUUAUUUAUUUUUAUUGUAUGUGUAUGAUGAGUCUUAGGCCUGCACCGGCUUGCAGUGCCCAUAGAGGUCAGAAGAGGACGCUGGAUCCUUGGAACUAAAGUUAGAGCAGUGUGAGCUGCCUGUGUCUGUUAACAGAACUCAGGUCCACAGUAAGAGAAACAAACAAUUAAAGGCUGAGCUACCUCUCCACCUGAGACAUGUGCACACACAGUCACACAUUGUUUUGUUUUGUUUGGAAACAGCCCACGCUAUCUUGGAACUCUCAAUCCUCCUGCCUCAGACCCUCCUGCCCUGGAAUUAAAGGCAUAAACCA